AUGGGCCCGCUUAUCCUGGUGCUUGCAGCGAGUCGAACAAGUCUCGGUGGUGAGGAGGAAUCCAGUGCAUCUUACGCCAAAUCAGGAUGCAGGGCGUGCUCUUCUUUCGUACUGGGCCAGCGAGACUGGGAGCACGCAGCCUUUGUUCUUUUCCCAGACUGGUUUCGUUGUGGAUCGACAAAGAAGAAUCAGACGAUGAUAGAAGGUGUGCAACGACGUGAUGGUCUCACCACCAUUGACGAGAAGGUCGCCGUUGCUUCGUUCAUCGAUGAUCGAUGA